AUGCCCACAGAUCCAGGUACAGCGACGGUGGCAGGGACGGCGACGACUCCAUCUGCGUCUGCGACUAGACUGUCACCUACGCAGACGCGAGCUCUCUUCGAUAUUCUCACUCACUAUGAGACAUAUGCCGAAAUAUCAAGCUUCAAGACAUCCGCGGCCAUCACCAGCUAUGGGUUCCCGUUCAAAAAAGCUUCCGAGGCUUUGACUACGCCUUUCGCCACUGCCCCGAGUACGCCGCGCGCGAGGACGCCUAUAUCAUGGUUUACCUCAUCAGAAGCCAGGAAGCAAAGUCCCGCCAACAGCACCAAGAGCCUGGACGGGGAUGACGACCAGGAUGUUGUUUCGACAUCGCCCAUCCUACAGUUGCUCUUGACGAGGAUUGUUCUCCCUCUGCCUGGUGUGAGCGACAUUCCCAGGUCUUUCUGGAGUGUUCGCGUACAAGGUAUCAUGUCGAGAUUAGGAGAAGCAGACCUGUCGGAGAGUUACGACAAGGGCGCCAUGGGGACGCGAAAGACCUUGGCUACGGGGACGAGUGCGGUUAUUGAGAUGCUGGGCCGCGGAAUGCUAGGCGGCGUCGACAAACAAGAGUCAAGUAUGAAGGAUGACGAGUAUGACCACACAAGUGCGGAUGAUUUAGAGCGUGCUUGGGGUCAUGUUGUUCAGGGAUUGGUCUAUGGCGACCUGGUCAAUCAGUUGUUUGACCAUUUUGUCCAUUACGAUGAUUUAGAAACCCUAUCUCCAACCGUGGAAGCUUCUGCCCGCCACAACAUUUUCCAAUUCACCAGCAUCGCAACCCUAGUCCAUCAAAUCUUCAUCCUCUCACCUGAAGGUCAAUAUCUCCUUAAACUCCUCGAAAACGUGCAUUCACUCGUCCCCUACGCGCUCCUCAAAUCAACACUGCGCAUAGGCAACGCAGCCACCAUGAUAAGCGGCAUGAUUCGCAUUCUCCUCGCCAAACUCAGCGUGACCAGCGUAACCAACUGGGUCGGUCUCACGCAAAACGCCGACGACGGCAUGAACCUACUUCAGCGUAUUAUGGCCGCAGUCUUGUCCUGGGACGCGAGCGAGUUCAAGAAGAGUGCGGAAAAGGUGGAAAAGGCCAAGGACGGACCGACUGAUGAAAUGCUGCGCACCAUCAGGGAACACAUCGAAGACACAAGGUCGGAACACGAUACGGUCAGGGAAGCGAGCCACCAGAACUCGCAGUCGAUCAUCACAGCCAUUUUCAAUGCGAGGAGUCCAGCGCUGAAUGGGCUGUUGACAGAGGCCCAGCAUGCCCAGUGUCUAGAGUAUUAUUCUGCACUUUUGUCCGUCAGGGAUAGAGACUCCAUCACGGGGGCCAUUUGUCGCCAGCCUCCGGACAUGUUUACGCAGGCCAUCAAGGAUGUUGUCGCUGCCUAUGAACCCAUGAUCCGGACUGUACAUUCGCGUGUUGAUUUGAGAGAACACUUUGACGCUUUUCAAGUAUUUCUGGAGGAGUUUAUAAGGGCGAGCAGGCCAAAGAAGCCGCACGGCUCGGCUGAGGAGAAACUGGCCAGUGUAGAGGACUAUGUCGACCUCCUCAUGAAGCAUCGACGACUGCUAUACAAAUGGAUCCACGCUGUGGCGAGCCAAUGUCCUGAUAUCUGGGAGAGCCUGCGCAUAUGGGGAAAUGACAUGAUUGUCCGGUUUCGAAAGCCACCAAACCCAUCAUCGGACAUCCAUUCCGUACUUGGGAAACUCUUCACAACCCUCGAGCCGGAUACCCAGUCCCAAGUUCUUCAAGCAAUCGAUUCCCACGCCGCCUAUCUCGACACCGUCAACGCCAUCUCCCACGCACGAAUGCAAUACCUCGUCACGGCGGCCGAUUCCUCGGGCGGAACCACCGAUGGUCCGGGUGUAUAUCUAGAUCGAUGGCAGUCGUUGCUUGACGAGACGCUCAUUACGCCUCCGACACAAAAGGGUGCGAUGAGAAGGGGCAAGGACGUCAAGCACAUUACUACAAUGGGAAAGACGGGCAUCGGAGGCAAGAGGCUGGAACGGAAUGUUGGAGGGGGCAGCGUCCAGGCGCCGGAUGUGAGGGUUGUAGUGAGCGCUUUGGGGGCGCAGUUUAGGAACGAGGUGAGGGAGCUGGCAAUGAUGUCGUGA